AUGUUUCAAUUUGAUAAACAUAUACGAUAAAUUGUAUUAAAUAAAGAAAGUCGUCGAAAAACACCGGUUAUUGUUGCUAUUAAAGGCAAAGAUCGUGAAUUCGGUGAAGCAGCUAUUUCUCGAUCAAGUAAAAUUCCUUCACAAUCUUAUAUGUAUUUACGUGAGUUAGUUGGAAAAUCAUUAAAUAAUCCGGUUGUUGAACAAUACUUAAAACGAUUUCCAUAUUAUAAAUUAAAAAGUGAUGCACAUACAAAUGAACUUGUUUUUGACCAUGAUAGUGAAACAAAUUAUACUGUUGAAGAACUUCUUGCAAUGAUAUUAAAAAAAGCUCGUGAAUAUGCAACAGAUUUUGCUGAACAAUCAGUUGAUGCUGCCGUUAUAACUGUUCCACCAUAUUUUACACAAACUGAACGACGUGCUAUUAAACGUGCAUGUGAAUUAGCCAAUAUAAAAUUACUUCAAUUAAUGAAUGAUAAUACAGCUGUUGCACUUAAUUAUGGUAUAUUUCGUCGUAAAGAUUUUAAUUCAACAGGUUCAACUUAUUUAUUUUAUGAUAUGGGUUCACAAUCAACAACAUGUACAAUAGCAACAUAUAAUGUUGUUAAAACAAAAGAAAAUGGUUAUGUUGAAGAGGUACCACAAUUAACAAUAAAAUCGGUUGCAUUUGAUCGUGAUUUAGGUGGUUUAGAAUUUCAAAUACGUUUACGUGAUUAUUUAGCAAAGAAAUUUCAUGAACAUCAUCCAAAUAUAGAUUUAUUUCAAAAUUCAAAAGCAUUAACAAAAUUAUUUCGUGAAGCUGAACGUGCUAAAAAUGUUCUAAGUGCUAAUAAUGAAUAUACAGCACAAGUUGAAGGUUUAAUUGAUGAAAUUGAUUUUAAACAUCGAAUAACACGUGAACAAUUUGAACAUUUAUGUGAAGAUCUUUUUCAACGAGUUAAACGACCUAUUGAAGAAGUACUUAAUACAACUGGAAUUACAUUGGUAAGAAUUCGUCGUUAUAUGUGA